UUAAAAUUGUCAUGAGUGAAACUGUUUUAAGUUUUUAAUUAAAACUCGAUAAAGAUCUAACUAACACUUCGGCGUCGACUAACUUAGCCGAUCCCACUUCUGAUGCGCUGUUAAUCGCGCACGUUACUAUGCCGGCGAAAAAACGCCGUACCAAUAGCCAAACUCUUCCCGAACCAAAGCAAGCCAAAGAAUUGCGCUUAGUUGCACCAUCAACGCCCAAAUCCAAGUCAUUGGACGAACUGCUUAGCCUGACUAAGGAACAAUUAAAGGCGGAGUGUCGCAAAAGGGGACAGAAGUCCACUGGGAACAAGCAGGAGUUGCUUCAACGCUUGGGCUACAAGAUGGCAACCAAAAGAAAAGAUGUCACCGCUAACGUUAAUGGAAACAUAGUACAAAAUAAUGCCAACGGAAAGUCGACGAAAAACUCGACGAGUGAAGCCCAAAAGAAACAGAAAGUCAAAGAGCGAGAUGAGAGGGAAAAUAUCGUGUUGUGGAAGAAGCCAUUGUUGACGUUAGAAUAUUUUGUUAGAGAAUGCGGAGAGCUACUAGCUCAUUAUGGUAAAAAUGUCUUAGCCAAUAAACUUCUAGUCACAUUAUUUGGGAUCUCAGUAUUAUUUUUAUAUUUAUUAGUCAAUUUGCAAGGACCACACCACCAAGUUGUACAGGGUGUGUAUAAGAAAAUUCUAUGGUGUCUAUACUGGACAGGUUUAGGUGUCUUAUCUUCAGUAGGUUUAGGUACAGGGCUCCACACGUUUCUUUUAUACCUUGGGCCCCACAUAGCUGCAGUUACUUUAGCUGGUUACGAAUGUGGUAGUUUAAAUUUUCCAGAACCACCGUAUCCGGAAGAUAUUGUAUGUCCUGCAGAAGGGGAAGAAGGUAGUAUUCCAGUGACAAUAUUAAGUAUUAUGUCCAAAGUUAGGUUAGAAGCCAUGUGCUGGGGUGCCGGUACUGCCUUGGGGGAACUUCCUCCUUAUUUUAUGGCUAGAGCUGCAAGAUUGUCUGGAAUUGAUCCAGAUGAUGAAGACGACGAACUAAAAGAAUUUGAAGCACUACAGAAAAAACAACAAAACAGAGAAAAACUUUCUAUCAUAGAAAAGGGAAAAUUAUUUGUCGAGGAAUUAGUUCAAAAAGUUGGAUUUUUCGGCAUUUUAGCUUGUGCUAGUAUACCAAAUCCCUUAUUUGACUUAGCUGGUAUAACCUGCGGUCAUUUCCUCGUUCCAUUCUGGACGUUUUUUGGGGCCACCCUGAUAGGCAAGGCCAUCAUUAAAAUGCACAUACAAAAAUUGUUUGUUAUAAUUGCAUUUAAUGAAACUCUCAUUGAAACUGCGAUAAAUUAUUUGGUUUUGGUACCAGUUAUUGGAAAGAAACUACAGGAACCCUUUAAAGGCUUUUUGGACGGUCAGAAGAUCAAGCUCCACAAAAAAGCCAAUAAAAAAGUCAGUCCGGGAGGAGGUGGCAACAUCUUAGGGGCGGUUUUCGAAAAAUUCGUCCUGGUAAUGAUACUGUAUUUCGUGAUAUCAAUAGUGAACUCGUUCGCCCAAAGUUAUCACAAAAGGAUACACCGGAAAAAAGGCAACAAGAGCAAAGAAUGAUCUCUAGAGCUGCCUUUUUGUUUUAGUUAUUUUGUUGAUUAUUUUGUAAACAAUCGUUUCUAGACCAGGUGAAAAUACGUAUAUCAUGGAAAAUAAGUUUUUAUUUAUUUUUUUAAAGGCAACACUGGAUAGGAUUGACUCUUUCUGUUCUUGAACAUAUAGAGCAAGAUUCCAGGGCUGCCAGAUCUUCCGUAUUUUCUCACAAAUAAAAUGUAUGGGAUAA